GGGCCCCGAUCCCCGGCCCACGUGUGCCUGGCCCGGCCCGGCCUGGCUGCUGGGUGGGGGUGGGGAGCGCAGGGCCGGACUAUGCUGGCCCCGCGGGCUGGGAGGGCGCCGGGUUCGUCGCAGCGAAAUGCCACCUCGGUCUGACCCGAGGAGGCCCGGCAGCCCACGGGCGCAGGCACCACGGCUCCCGGCCCGCCGCCCCCUCCCCCCUUCGCGGCCGGGCCGCCGGGAAGUGACACGUUGUUCUUUGGCACUGGCCCGCGCUGCGCAGGGAGGGCGCAGGGGAGGGAGGAGGUGGCGGCGGGCAGGGAGGAGCCCCCGGCCCCGCCCGCCCUCCGGGCCGACCCUCACUUGCCUGAAACCGGCUCCUCGACGGCCGCCGCCCGCCUGGCCUUUUAGGGCCUGACUCCCGCCCUUCCUGGCCUAUACUCCUGGGCGGCGGCAGGCCUAGCUUCUGGCCCAGUGCGGGUUCCCUGGCGGCAGGCGUAUCUUGUGUGCCCCUGGGCCAGGCCCGAACCCGGUGUGCCCGGGUGGGGGGUGGGGACACCACGGCCGAAGCAGCUAGCUCCGUUCGUGAUCCGGGAGCCUGGUGCCAGCGAGACCUGGAAUUUCCGGUCUGGUUGGUCUUGGGCCCCGCGGAGCCAGGUUGAUACCCCUCACCUCCCAACCCCAGGCCCUCGGAUGCCCAGAACCUGUAGGCCGCACCGUGGACUUAUUCUUAAUCGAGGGGGUGCUGGGGGGACCCUGAUGUGGCACCAAAUGAAAUGAACAAAGCUCCACAGUCCACAGGCCCCCCACCCGCCCCAUCCCCCGGACUCCCACAGCCAGCGUUUCCCCCGGGGCAGACAGCGCCGGUGGUGUUCAGUACGCCACAAGCGACACAAAUGAACACGCCUUCUCAGCCCCGCCAGGGAGGAUUCAGGUCUCUGCAGCACUUCUACCCUAGCCGGGCCCAGCCCCCGAGCAGUGCAGCCUCCCGAGUGCAGAGCGCAGCCCCUGCCCGCCCUGGCCCAGCUGCCCAUGUCUACCCUGCUGGAUCCCAAGUAAUGAUGAUCCCUUCCCAGAUCUCCUACCCAGCCUCCCAGGGGGCCUACUACAUCCCUGGACAGGGGCGUUCCACAUAUGUUGUCCCGACACAGCAGUACCCUGUGCAGCCAGGAGCCCCAGGCUUCUAUCCAGGUGCAAGCCCUACAGAAUUUGGGACCUACGCUGGCGCCUACUAUCCAGCCCAAGGGGUGCAGCAGUUUCCCACUGGUGUGGCCCCCGCCCCAGUUUUGAUGAACCAGCCACCCCAGAUUGCUCCCAAGAGGGAACGUAAGACGAUCCGAAUUCGAGAUCCAAACCAAGGAGGAAAGGAUAUCACGGAGGAGAUCAUGUCUGGGGCCCGCACUGCCUCCACACCCACCCCUCCCCAGACGGGAGGCGGUCUGGAGCCUCAAGCUAAUGGGGAGACGCCCCAGGUUGCUGUCAUUGUCCGGCCAGAUGACCGGUCACAGGGAGCAAUCAUUGCUGACCGGCCAGGGCUGCCUGGCCCAGAGCACAGCCCUUCAGAAUCCCAGCCUUCGUCACCUUCUCCGACCCCAUCACCAUCCCCAGUCUUGGAACCGGGGUCUGAGCCUAAUCUCGCAGUCCUCUCUAUUCCUGGGGACACUAUGGCAACUAUACAAAUGUCUGUAGAAGAAUCAACCCCCAUCUCCCGUGAAACUGGGGAGCCAUAUCGCCUCUCUCCAGAACCCACUCCUCUCGCCGAACCCAUACUGGAAGUAGAAGUGACACUUAGCAAACCGGUUCCAGAAUCUGAAUUCUCUUCCAGUCCUCUCCAGGCUUCCACUCCUCUGGCAUCUCACACAGUGGAAAUUCAUGAGCCUAAUGGCAUGGUCCCAUCUGAAGAUCUGGAACCAGAGGUGGAGUCAAGCCCAGAGCUUGCUCCUCCACCAGCUUGCCCCUCCGAAUCCCCUGUGCCCAUUGCUCCAACUGCCCAACCUGAGGAACUGCUCAACGGAGCCCCCUCGCCACCAGCUGUGGACUUAAGCCUAGUCAGUGAGCCAGAGGAGCAGGCCAAGGAGGUGACAGCAUCAGUGGCGCCCGCCACCAUCCCCUCUGCCAUUCCAGCUAUGGCUCCUUCAGCUACUUCCCCCACUCAAGAGGAGGAAAUGGAAGAAGAAGAAGAAGAAGAAGAGGAAGAAGGAGAAGCAGGAGAAGCUGAGAGUGAGAAGGGAGGAGAGGAACUGCUCCCCCCAGAGAGCACCCCUGUUCCAGCCAACUUGUCUCAGAAUUUGGAGGCAGCAGCGGCCACUCAAGUGGCAGUAUCUGUGCCAAAGAGGAGACGGAAAAUUAAGGAGCUAAAUAAGAAGGAGGCUGUUGGAGACCUUCUGGAUGCCUUCAAGGAGGCAAACCCGGCAGUACCAGAGGUGGAAAAUCAGCCUCCUGCAGGCAGCAAUCCAGGCCCAGAGUCUGAGGGCAGUGGUGUGCCCCCACGUCCUGAGGAAGCAGAUGAGACCUGGGACUCAAAGGAAGACAAAAUUCACAAUGCUGAGAACAUCCAGCCCGGGGAACAGAAGUAUGAAUAUAAGUCAGAUCAGUGGAAGCCUCUAAACCUAGAGGAGAAAAAACGUUACGACCGUGAGUUCCUGCUUGGUUUUCAGUUCAUCUUUGCCAGUAUGCAGAAGCCGGAGGGAUUGCCCCAUAUCAGUGAUGUGGUGCUGGACAAGGCCAAUAAAACACCACUGCGACCACUGGACCCCACUAGACUACAAGGCAUAAAUUGUGGCCCAGACUUCACUCCAUCCUUUGCCAACCUUGGCCGGCCAGCCCUUAGCACCCGUGGGCCCCCAAGGGGUGGGCCAGGUGGGGAGCUGCCCCGAGGGCCGCAGGCUGGCCUGGGACCCCGGCGCUCUCAGCAGGGCACCCGAAAAGAACCACGCAAGAUCAUUGCCACAGUGUUAAUGACCGAAGAUAUAAAACUGAACAAAGCAGAGAAAGCCUGGAAACCCAGCAGCAAGCGGACGGCAGCUGAUAAGGACCGAGGGGAAGAGGAUGCUGAUGGCAGCAAAACCCAGGACCUAUUCCGCAGGGUGCGUUCCAUCCUGAAUAAGCUGACACCCCAGAUGUUCCAGCAGCUGAUGAAGCAAGUGACGCAGCUGGCCAUUGACACCGAGGAGCGCCUCAAAGGGGUCAUUGACCUCAUUUUUGAGAAGGCCAUUUCAGAACCCAACUUCUCUGUGGCCUAUGCCAACAUGUGCCGCUGCCUGAUGGCGCUGAAAGUGCCCACUACGGAAAAGCCAACAGUGACUGUAAACUUCCGAAAGCUGUUGUUGAAUCGAUGUCAGAAGGAGUUUGAGAAAGACAAAGAUGAUGAUGAGGUUUUUGAGAAGAAGCAAAAAGAGAUGGAUGAAGCUGCUACGGCAGAGGAACGAGGACGCCUUAAGGAAGAGCUGGAAGAGGCUCGGGACAUAGCCCGGCGGCGCUCUUUAGGGAAUAUCAAGUUUAUUGGGGAGUUGUUCAAGCUGAAGAUGUUAACAGAGGCAAUAAUGCAUGACUGUGUGGUCAAACUGCUUAAGAACCAUGAUGAAGAGUCCCUUGAGUGCCUUUGUCGUCUGCUGACCACCAUUGGCAAAGACCUGGACUUUGAAAAAGCCAAGCCCCGAAUGGAUCAGUAUUUCAACCAGAUGGAAAAAAUCAUUAAAGAAAAGAAGACGUCAUCCCGCAUCCGCUUUAUGCUGCAGGACGUGCUGGAUCUGCGAGGGAGCAAUUGGGUGCCACGCCGAGGGGAUCAGGGUCCCAAGACCAUUGACCAGAUCCAUAAGGAGGCUGAGAUGGAAGAACAUCGAGAGCACAUCAAAGUGCAGCAGCUCAUGGCCAAGGGCAGUGACAAGCGUCGGGGUGGCCCUCCAGGCCCGCCCAUCAGCCGUGGACUUCCACUUGUGGAUGAUGGUGGCUGGAACACAGUUCCCAUCAGCAAAGGUAGCCGCCCCAUUGACACCUCACGACUCACCAAGAUCACCAAGCCUGGCUCCAUCGAUUCUAACAACCAGCUCUUUGCACCUGGAGGGCGACUGAGCUGGGGCAAGGGCAGCAGCGGAGGCUCAGGAGCCAAGCCCUCAGAUGCAGCAUCAGAAGCUGCUCGCCCAGCUACUAGUACUUUGAAUCGCUUCUCAGCCCUUCAACAAGCGGUACCCACAGAAAGCACAGAUAAUAGGCGUGUGGUGCAGAGGAGUAGCUUGAGCCGGGAACGAGGCGAGAAAGCCGGGGACCGGGGAGACCGCCUAGAGCGGAGUGAACGGGGAGGGGACCGUGGGGACCGGCUUGAUCGUGCACGGACACCUGCUACCAAGCGGAGCUUCAGCAAGGAAGUGGAGGAGCGGAGUAGAGAACGGCCCUCCCAGCCUGAGGGGCUGCGCAAAGCAGCUAGCCUCACGGAGGAUCGGGACCGUGGGCGGGAUGCCGUGAAGCGAGAAGCUACCCUACCCCCAGUGAGCCCCCCGAAGGCAGCACUCUCUGAGGAGGAGUUAGAGAAGAAAUCCAAGGCUAUCAUUGAGGAAUAUCUCCAUCUCAAUGACAUGAAAGAGGCAGUCCAAUGUGUGCAGGAGCUGGCCUCACCCUCCCUGCUCUUCAUCUUUGUACGGCAUGGUGUUGAGUCUACGCUGGAGCGCAGUGCCAUUGCUCGUGAGCAUAUGGGGCAGCUGCUGCACCAGCUGCUCUGUGCUGGACACCUGUCUACUGCUCAGUACUACCAAGGGCUGUAUGAAAUCUUGGAAUUGGCUGAGGACAUGGAAAUUGACAUCCCCCACGUGUGGCUCUACCUAGCGGAACUGGUAACACCCAUUCUGCAGGAAGGUGGGGUGCCCAUGGGGGAGCUGUUCAGGGAGAUUACAAAGCCUCUGAGACCGCUGGGCAAAGCUGCUUCCCUGUUGCUGGAGAUCCUGGGCCUCCUGUGCAAAAGCAUGGGUCCUAAAAAGGUGGGGAUGCUGUGGCGAGAAGCCGGGCUUAGCUGGAAGGAAUUUCUACCUGAAGGCCAGGACAUUGGUGCAUUCAUCGCUGAACAGAAGGUGGAGUAUACUCUGGGAGAGGAGUCGGAAGCCCCUGGCCAGAGGGCACUCCCCUCCGAGGAGCUGAACAGGCAGCUGGAGAAGCUGCUGAAGGAGGGUAGCGGUAACCAGCGGGUGUUCGACUGGAUAGAGGCCAACCUGAGUGAGCAGCAGAUAGCAUCCAACACGUUAGUUCGAGCCCUCAUGACGGCUGUCUGCUAUUCUGCAAUUAUUUUUGAGACUCCCCUGCGAGUGGACGUUGCAGUGCUGAAAGCGCGAGCGAAGCUGCUGCAGAAAUACCUGUGCGAUGAACAGAAGGAGCUGCAGGCACUCUACGCCCUCCAGGCCCUUGUAGUGACCUUAGAACAGCCUCCCAACCUGCUGCGGAUGUUCUUUGAUGCGCUCUAUGACGAGGACGUGGUAAAGGAGGAUGCCUUCUACAGUUGGGAGAGUAGCAAGGACCCCGCAGAGCAGCAGGGCAAGGGUGUGGCCCUUAAAUCUGUCACAGCCUUCUUCAAGUGGCUCCGUGAGGCAGAGGAGGAGUCUGACCACAACUGAGGGCUGGUGGGGCCGGGGACCUGGAGCCCCAUGGACACACAGAUGGCCCGGCUAGCCGCCUGGACUGCAGGGGGGCGGCAGCAGCGGCGGUGGCAGUGGGUGCCUGUAGUGUGAUGUGUCUGAACUAAUAAAGUGGCUGAAGAGGCAGGAUGGCUUGGGGCUGCCUGGGGCCCCCCUCCAGGAUGCCGCCAGGUGUCCCUCUCCUCCCCCUGGGGCACAGAGAUAUAUUAUAUAUAAAGUCUUGAAAUUUGGUGUGUCUUGGGGUGGGGAGGGGCACCGACGCCUGCCCCUGGGGUCCUUUUUUUUAUUUUCUGAAAAUCACUCUCGGGACUGCCGUCCUCGCUGCUGGGGGCAUAUGCCCCAGCCCCUGUACCACCCCUGCUGCUGCCUGGGCAGGGGGAAGGGGGGGCACGGUGCCUGUAAUUAUUAAACAUGAAU